UGGCAGAGAUCUGUAAACUCGUAGACGACGACUAUGCAGUGUUUCGUUUGGAAAUUUCUCAAAGCCAGAAAGAAAACGGGGCAUUGCGGAGGAAGCUACAGGAACUGAAGGUGGCACGGGAGCGCGCAGAUGUGACAAUGCGAGAGCGCGCCCUCGCCAGUCACACCAGUAGUGUCAAGAUCCUAGACCGGUACAGAAGAAUGGCAAGAGGUGAAGGACAUCUCACUGUAGGCCACAGGAGCUUUGUGAAGCCAGUGAAGCACAAUUCAUGGAGAUAUGACCAACCAAUUACUGUUGAUGAGGGGAGUGGAACCUCAACCCAGCACGUUAUCAUGAUAGAGUCUGCAGAUGCAGAGGCUGCAGGUCCAGGGGUCAAGCAGGAGAUGUCUGAAGGAGAGGAGGACCCAUGGCACAGCAGAGACAUCCAGACUGUAGCGCCCUCUGUAGCCACGGAGAACCCCACCACCACCCCAGCGCCGCCCAGGACCCGAAGCAGCAUCACUGAGUCAGUAGACAUGGAGGAUGGGAAGCCUGAUCUGCUGCUGGUCAAAGAGGAGACAAUAGAAGACGGACCAGAGAGCACUGACCUUCUGAGUGAACUAAAGAUGGGGGAGCAAGGUGGUUGGCUGGAGGCUAACAGAGGAGACUGGGCGGCCAUCUUGGAUUCCCAGACCGGUGCAGCAAAGAGCCCAGAGGAAAACAUAGUGGAGUCUGCAGUCCAUGAAGACCUGCUGAUAUCUAGUGUUACUGGUGGGAGAGAGUGGACCUCUGAAGCGGCUGGUUACAAACCCUGGCCCCGGAUCAGGCCCCUGGAUCAGGAGCCAUCACUCUUCCUUCCCGAGUCGGAACCAGGACCCAACCGCGAGGGACAGAGACUCCACCACAUAGAACACAAUCAGUGUACAGGUGGACUGAAUCAGAGUGACAGAGGCUCCAGUCAGGGAUCCAGUCUGCAGCCCAGACCCUUCUCUUCACAGACUCAGUGCAGGGAUGAAGCAGGGCCUGGGGCUGAUAGAGAUAGACCCUCCUGUUCCUAUGAUACAAACACCACAGUAUCCAUGAUGAACAGAGCAGGUUACACUGGGCUUCAACCUUCACAGAGAGUGGUGGGAGACUCCCCUGAUGGGAAUCUAACAGGAAGUCUGUCUUCUCCUUCAGGAUCUAAUCUAAUGCCUAGUGAAUGGGUUCAUAGAAAGCCUGGACCUGGGUCUAGCCUUCCUCAGUUACCUCAUGGUUACCCCACGAAUAUAGACAGGGUCAGGAUGGGUGUUCAACACGAGAGGUACCUAGCCUAUAACACAGCACACAAUCCCAACAACACCCAAACAAUGGCUAGAGGUCAAGGAGGGAGCUCAAAGACUAACCACCUGAGAGUGGUGGCUCCUGCUUCUACGUCCUCUGGUGUUAUUGGGUCAGAACAUGGGAGGCCGAGCAUUAGGAUGGAUGCAGACAAGCCGUACGCCUGCCCCACAUGUGGGAAGCGUUUCGCUAAGGCUAAAUAUGUGAAGCAGCACCAGACCAUUCACACCAAGGAGAGGCCCUUUAAGUGCAAACUAUGUUACAAGAGCUUCUCCUUCCUGAGUAUCCUUAUCAGACAUAGGAGUGUCCACAAUGGGAAGAAAUCGUAGCAGUGUGGCUUGAGUUUUACGCAGGGGAUAUCUGGGAACCAUUCUUUAGCUGACAUAUUGUAGUUAUCAUGUGAAGUGUCUUUGGGUAAGACGUUUUUUGGAUGACUAAAUUGAGCAUCUGUGCACGCUCACAUUCUCACGAUACAGACUUAUUGUUUGGUGUGCUGGCAUAGCCAAAACACUGUCAUUGAAGUGUAACUAUAUUCACCCUCUGAAUUUGGUUUUGCCUAUGUUCUGUUCAUAACAAAUAUAAUGUCCCUCUUUUUGAUAACACCUUUAUAACACCCCCCACCCAACACUAUUUGGCAUAAUCAGGUGGUACCUGUUCCUUUAUGUACAAAAAAUUAGGUGAUCA